AUGCCCCGUUCUUCUCGCACAGGUGAAUUAGUAUACGAUCAUGAGGUUGAGAAGGCAGCGCGUAGGCGGAAGCAAGAGACCAAGAGGCGAAAAGAAGGGCACUUAUUUAUUGCAAACGAGUCGGUAGAAGACGAAGUAAGCAUGGCCAACACCCAAACAUUAAGGGAGCUGGCUGCCCCGGAGCUGACUCACCAGCCCUUAUGCAUCACAUUCCCCACUCUGGCUGAGAAUACUGCUUUCGAACUGAAGUCGGGGCUGAUUCACCUCUUACCUUCUUUCCAUGGUCUCUCUGGCGAAGAACCCCACAAACACGUUAAGGAGUUCGAGGUGGUUUGCUCUAGUAUGAAACCUCCCGGCGUCACUGAAGAGCAAAUUAGACUGAGAGCAUUUCCUUUCUCCCUUAAGGAUGCAGCAAAGGAUUGGUUGUACUACCUACCAGCAGGUAGUAUUACCACAUGGGCACAGUUGAAAAAGAAGUUUUUGGAAAAAUUCUUCCCUGCAUCUCGGGCUGCUAGCCUGAGAAAUGAGAUUUGCAGCAUUAAGCAAUACCCUGGAGAAUCCCUGUAUGACUAUUGGGAGAGGUUCAAUAAGUUGUGCACUAGAUGCCCGCAGCAUCAAAUUAGUGAGCAAUUAUUGAUCCAAUAUUUCUAUGAGGGACUCCAAUCAUCCGACAGAAGUAUCAUUGAUGCUGCAAGCGGGGGAGCGUUAGCGAACAAGACACCAAGGGAAGCAUGGGAGCUUAUUGAAGCUAUGGCGGAGAAUUCUCAACAGUUUGGCUUCCGUGAGAGUAACCCUACCCACAGGGUUAAUGAGGUGGAGUCAACAUCUAUUCAGCAACAGUUGUCGGAGCUCACAUCCGUCGUUCGACAAUUAGUUGUGGGGAAUGUGCCCCAAGUAAAGGCUUGUGGAAUUUGCACAAAUGUGGGCCACCCCACUGACUCAUGCCCUAUGUUGCAAGAGGAUGGGGCUGAACAAGUGAACAUGGCUGGAGGCGUGCCCGCGCCUCAAAGACCGUACGACCCAUACUCCAACACGUACAACCCUGGUUGGAGAGAUCACCCCAAUUUCAGCUAUGGUAAUAGGCCACAAAAUGCAUUCCCCAAUCGUCCACCAGGAUUUCAGCAACCUUGGCAACAGAAGUCCCAACCCUCGUUCUCCAAUUCAGGAAGUUCUUUGGAGGAAAUUGUCAAGAGUUUGGCCACGACUACCACUCAGCUCCAGCAGGAGACUAGAACCCUAGUCACGACCACUGCUCAACUCCAGCAAGAGACUAGGUCCUUGGUCGCGAGCACUACUCAGUUUCAAUAG